AUGUUUGGAAAAGCGAAACUCGAAGAUCUAGCUAAUGAAAUAUUUUAUGAAAUCUUCGAAUAUCUCGAUUAUUUCCAAUCUUAUGAAAUUUUUUCGCAUCUCAAUCAACGUUUUCAAAAUCUGUUCACUCAUUCGAUUUCACCAAUCAAAAUACAUCUUAAUGCAAUAUCAAAACCAACUUUUACAGCAUAUUACGAACACAUUAUUCUUCCAAAUGCACAUCGAAUUCAAUCCCUUCAUCUCUCCAAUCAAUUUAUCAUCAACUUAUUUCUCUCAUCUCUUUCUAUUAUUCCAAAAUUUAUUCAUCUUCAAACAUUUGUCAUCACUUCCCUUCCAUCGACUGCUAUAGACCAGCUUUUCAGUAAUCUAUCGACUUUACCCCAUCUCUCUUCACUAAUCUUUGCUUUCGAAACUUAUCUUCGCGACAGAAGUUACUUAUAUCAGCAAAUAUUUCGUCUGCCUUCGUUGAAAUAUUGUAAAUUCUCCUUACACAAAUAUCAUUAUUCAGAGCGUAUACCUUUUGCAACAAAUAUGUUUAGUUCUCUUACAAAUUUGAUUGUUGCCGAAGAGUUUUGCCUUGACGAUAUUGUUCCUCUUCUUUCAAAUGUUCCCCAACUUCAUUAUUUAUCCAUUCGCAAACUAUCAAAACUUUAUACUUCACGAAGAAUUUCUUCAAUCAUUCCAAACCAACUAACGCAUGUCUAUUUGAAUCUUGGAGAUGUUUAUUUCGAUAGUUUUGAGCCUGUGAUUAAAUUCGUUUUCCACCAUGUGCAAGUGUUACACCUUAGAACACCGGCAGAUCUAUCCUACUUGAACGCAAAUCGAUGGGAAUCACUUAUACCAUCCUAUAUGCCACAUCUAAGAAUAUUCGACCUCCAACAACAUAUUUUUACAAAUACAAUUCAUGGAACGAUAUAUUUGCCACUAAUGGAAAAAUUUCAAUCCGCAUUCUGGUUGGAACGACAAUGGUUUUUUGCUUAUCAUAGUAAGGAAGUGGAGAAUAGCUGUGAAAUAUACAUAUAUUCAACGAAUCCGUAUAGGAAAAGGAAAUUUACAUUAAAUUUGGAACGACGAAAAGUAACUGGCUCCACUACGCGGGAAGAAACAGAAAUGCAAUCAGUACAACAUCUUGUGUUACAAAACGAGAAUACAUUUGCCAAUGGGUCAACAUCUUUUCCAAACGUCACACAACUUAAUUUUGAACAAGAAAAUCCGUUUGAAGAUGAGGCAUAUAUCUCGCCAAGUUUUCUCAGAAAUUUUCUUCAUAUGGAACGAAUCACACAACUCAAGACUUACGUUUCUUAUUGUUAUUUAAAAGAUUUAACCGAAUUGAUUCUUUCUCUACCCAAUCUUGAGAAAGUAUAUCUUUAUCACACUGGUUUCAAUGAGACAAACGCGAGCUUCUGGAAGCCGAAUGAGAUGCUCAUUCCAAUGUUUACUAAAAAUCAAAUCAAAGAUGUGACAAUUUCAAUUCAGGCGUGCUCAUUUGAAGAUAUGAAGUUUUGGGUGCAUCUUUUCCCCCGAGUCGAGCGUUUGACCAUAUCAUCAUUGAACAAUUAUUCGUUAGAAACUAUCGAAUAUAUAUUAUCAAAUGUCGCCGAGAAAACGCCAUAUUUGCAUUUGUUAUCAUUUUACAUCCGUAAUACUUCUGUGUUUGAAAAGGUCAAAAGUCUAGUUCAGUCACAAGUGAUACCUAUUGAUUCUGCAAAAGCUGGACUAAAUGUCCUAACCAAAGCUUCAAUUACCGAAAUACGAUCAUUUGCUCGACCACCUAAAGUGUGUGAGACAGUAUUCGAAGGUAUAGGUAUACUGUUCCAGCCGUCAAAAACGAAAUUUGAAUGGAGCGAUGCGAAGAGUUUAAUGAACGAUAAUUUUUUGAGCCGACUGAUAGGAUUUGAUAUCAAUAGUAUAAGCGAGACGACGCUUGCGCGAUUGGAAGUAUUGCUCAAUCGGGACGAAUGCCAAUUAGAUCGUGUAAAAAGCACAUCAUUGGCAUGCUAUGGUAUCUGUAUGUGGCUUCGUGGUAUUGUGGCAUACGGAAAGAUUCGACAACACUUAGAACAACAAAAGCAAAUUCAAACGUGA